UUUGAUGGCUGUGAUCAUCCUGACGAAAUCAAAAGCCUAAUUUCGCGGAUUUUUCAUCGAAACUUUGGCGUCUUCUCAGAGAAACUCUGUAGCGAAGUAGAAAGAAAAAUGGAGAAGGCAUUCAACAGACAGAAGGUUCUUCUUCAACAUUUGCAACCGAGCUCUUCUUCUGAGUCUGCUUCACUUUCUACUUCGGUAUGUGUUGCUGGCGAAAGUGCUUCAAAUUCAUACCAUAGAACUGCUGCUUUUGGGGAUGAUAUUGUCAUUGUAGCAGCAAAUCGUACAGCGAUAUGCAGAGCAAAGAAAGGGGGUUUCAAGGAUACUCCUGCGGAGGAUCUUCUUGCAUCUGUUUUAAAGGCUGUGAUUGAGAAAACAAAGUUGAAUCCGAUUGAAGUUGGUGAUAUAGUAGUUGGCACAGUUUUGGCUCCUGGCUCUAUAAGAGCCUCUGAAUGCAGGAUGGCAGCUUUCUGUGCUGGCUUCCCUGAUACGGUAAGCAUAAGAACUGUCAACCGACAGUGCUCGUCGGGCCUUCAAGCAGUUGCUGACGUAGCUGCUGCCAUCAAAGUUGGUUACUAUGAUAUUGGUAUUGGAGCUGGGUUGGAGUGCAUGAGUAUUAAUGACAUUGAAUUUGCUGUUAGCGACAAUCCCAAUUUAAAUGGCAUUCCACAAGCUCGAGAUUGUAUGCUUCCUAUGGGCAUCACUUCUGAAAAUGUUGCCCAACAAUACGGUGUGACUAGGGAAGAGCAAGAUCAAGCUGCUGUUGAAUCGCAUCGGCGUGCUGCUGCAGCAAGUGCAUCUGGCAAAUUCAAAGAUGAGAUCAUCCCUGUUUACACAAAGAUCAUCGACCCAAAAUCUGGUGUUGCGAAACCCGUGAUUGUAUCUGUCGAUGAUGGCAUAAGGCCAAGCACAAACAUGGAAAUUUUGGGAAAGCUGAAGCCAGCAUUCAAGAAAAAUGGCUGCACAACAGCAGGGAACUCUAGUCAAGUUAGUGACGGAGCUGCUGCCGUCCUCCUCAUGAAAAGAAGCUUAGCUAUCCAGAAGGGACUUCCUAUUCUUGGUGUCUUCAGGAGUUUUUCAGUAGUUGGUGUGGAUCCAGCAGUAAUGGGAAUUGGACCAGCUGUUGCAAUUCCGGCGGCAGUCAAAUCUGCUGGUCUUACUCUCCAAGAUAUUGACCUUUUUGAAAUUAAUGAGGCAUUUGCAUCUCAGUAUGUGUAUUGCUGUAAGAAACUAAAUCUUGAUACUGAAAAGGUGAAUGUUAAUGGCGGUGCAAUUGCUCUGGGCCAUCCUUUGGGCACAACUGGUGCUCGAUGUGUGGCAACACUCUUGAGUGAAAUGAAGCGUCGCGGAAGGGACAGCCGAUUCGGGGUGAUCUCCAUGUGCAUAGGCACAGGGAUGGGUGCUGCAGCUGUGAUUGAAAGAGGUGACUACGUUGAUGAGCUUCGCAAUGCAAGGCCAAGCUUCCACUAAACUUGAACUUAAGAUUUGCUGCAAGUCAUUUUUGGGCUGUCAAUUUACUCUUAUUUUUCUCUUAAUGUACCAAUUUUUAUCAACUCUCCUCACUCUAAAGAGAGUGUAAUUUGGUUUUGUUUCGAUUCCCGUUUUCAAAUUAUUGAUCAGUGAUAGAAUAAUUAAAUGGAAAAUUAAACGAAAAAUUGUAGUGGAUAGCUUUUUUAGAAUAAUAUAUUCACUUUUUUAAA